AUGGUACAUGAUGCAACACCUUACAUAAAGAGAGGCGCAUUCAAUAUAGAAGGCGAAGAGUAUAACCGCCAGAUUACUUUCCCCAUCUUCUGUCCAUACUGCCAUAACUUGACAAACAACUACUCAAUAGCCUCUAUCCAGUCCUGGCUGAUCGUGUUCGCCAGCAAGCUUGGAGAAAAGUUCCCUGUACGAACGCCCCCCAUGACCUUCACAAGUGCUGUGACUGCAAAUGCCUCUGGGACUCUAUGUCAUCUCUUCCCCUCCUUCUCUGUUUGUCCUCAUAUCCGCACUUUCAUCGGCGAAGGCCGCGCCGUGCCUCCUUUGCCGGCGCAGGUUACGCAGCCAGGCCAGGACCAUCUCCUCUCAAAAUAUAACCGGUGGGCGCAAAGAGCAGUGCAGGUUCGUAACCCAGGGCCAGAAGCCGGUGUUCUCAGUGGUUCCUCACCAUGA